CUGAGGACCUAUGCUUGAAGCUGGGACAUUGUGGGACUUUUGGACAUUUGCUUGGAGUUUUCUUUGAACUGUCCAUCAUCAAUCCAACACAGCUGAUUGUAAAGACCAUAGCAAAACUCUGGUUACACUUCAGAGCGUUCACCAUGGGAGCCCAAGCCAUCCUUUCAGCCUGCUGCUGCCUGGCUAUCCUCCUCGCUGCGAUGGCUCGGGCAGACGUGCAAGAGGACUUCUCUCCUGAAUGUCGGGAGUUUUUGUUCAUGGGCACGCCGCCAAGGGGUCUUGAGGGGAAGACGCUGAAGAAGAUCUGCCAGCGCUACAACGGCCACGCGCGCUACGUCACCCUGUACGACGUGGAGAACCACAUCCCCGUCUACUCGGCCUACACCUUCAAGCGCAACGACGGCUCCAAACAGGUGGACACGCCCUGGAUGUACGAGCCUCAGCUGUCUACCACAGUGUCCGACCGGGACAUGCAGCCGUUCCCCAUCGAGAGCACCAUCCACAGCAGCUUCGAGGACGCCCAGGCCGUCUUGGACGACUACUCCAACACGCCGCGCUACGAGCGCGGCCAGCUCAACCCCGACGACCACCAGAACUUCCUGGACGACAAGGCGGCCACCUACACGCUCACCAACGUGGUGCCGCAGUCACGGGUCUUCAGGAUCGGCGCCUGGAAGAAGCAUGAGCAGACGCUGCGCCGCCGCCUCAACAACUACUGCCGCGGCACGGCCUACGUGGUCACCGGCGUCACGCUGUCCGGCGGCAUGAUCCACCGGCACAACAUGUACCGCGUGGCCGUGCCCAGCUACCUGUGGACCGCCUACUGCUGCGUGGACUACGACCACAACGCGCCCUUCGAGGUGCGCGCCAAGUUCCCGGUGCACGCGGCGCACGGCCUGAACGAGGACAGCGGAGAGGUGGUGGAGCUGUCCGUCAAGCAGCUGGAGGAGUUCCUGCGCCACAACACCUACGUGGACAACGCCUUCCAGAUAUUCUAUGACAGCUGCGUGCCCAAUAACCCCAAGACCAUUGGCUCUUAACCAUGGGCCACAGCACAGGGGAGUAUUCCAAGAACCUGUCUCAGUGGUAAACCAGGUUAAGUUAACCUUGAGGUAGUGGUAAGUCAUCUAAUAGAAGAGCCUGGAGUCCUCGUUUUCUUAACUACAUGACACCUGUGGUGUAUCUAUUAGCAGCUUUACCACUUCCUGUAAUCUAACUUAACCAGUUACGCUUAUCACUUUAUCAAAUUCUUGGCAUACCCCCAGGCCCCUCUUUAGGGGGUCGCUAAAGAUCACAUGGUGCGUGCAAUUUGCCUGCAUUGGGGUUGUAACGUUAGAAUACUUCAAUUAUAUUUGCAAACAUUAUAAUUACAGAAUCCCAACAACACAUCCCGUACGAUAACCAUAAUUCAGAUGCCCAUAAUUGUUUGAAAUUUAUCACUGAAAUAUUUUAGUGCGUAUAUACAGUAGGGGUAGAAUUUGUGCCUUGGGUUUGGGGGCUGCUUUUGUUUUAAUUUAUUGUGAAGAAAAGCCAGAAUAUUACAUGCUCAAUACAUUCACAUUACACUAAUUGCAA